AUGUCGACGCCCGUCAAGGAUCUCGUGAACGUCUACGAGUCCAAGACGACAUCACCAGAGCCAUCGCCGUCACCCGCCCGGUUCCUCAAGCAUCCUGCUGCCCGCACCUCGACAACGCCAUCAAAGUUCACAAAGGCCAGCUCUUCUCGCUCUCAGGAUGUUGGAAAUCCGUUUCUAGGAGAUGGAGAGCAUGGCGGACUCGAGUUGGCAGAGUACAGACGGUCCAAUACGGGCAGCAACACUCGGCGUCAAUCGACUCUGCCAGCACGCUCUUCAUUGGGAAUGAUCUCAUCAAAUGAUUUGCGUGUUGGGAGUCCAUCUAGCAUGUCGCCAGUAGUCACGUCGCCAACGCGAGCGGCACACUUGCGGGAACCUCCGGCACUGCAUCAUCCUUCAAGCAAUCCAUUCGCUGAUACUUUGGAUUCAGUAACCUAUGGUGUCUCGAAGUUUACCAAACCUGAGCCCAAAUCAUCGGCACGACGCACUGACGACACACGUUUCCCUUCACCCUCGGCAUAUUCGCCGAUCCCAGAUCACGACUUUAAUGAUUACGACUCUUUCUCUGCUACAGCUAUUUCAUCUCGUUCAGUCAUGAAGCAUCACAGUUUGGCAUCCAUUCCUCUAAUUGACCGUUCCCUACCACCCACAACACCAAAGACCACAUCUCCCGAUCCAUCUCUGGACCAACAUGGGCACAAACCGAUCCCUGCCAAAAAGGUCUUUUCUCGUAGUGCCGUCCCGUUGUACUUGCCGCAUCUCGACAAGCUGCUAGGCGAUAUCCAGCCACCGGCCUUCACGACAGCAUUGGAGGCAGGGGAUAUUCCACUCAAUUCUAAAGGAGACAAGGCAAGCGAACAGAUUGGAAUGUUCCCUCCGCUCGACAGGCUAAAGGGCAAGACUUUGGAUGAGCUACAUCACAAUUCACCUCUUCCUGCAUGGUAUCGUGACAAGAGUUCUCUUUUGAACUCGAUCGUCACGGGCAUCAUUGGAAUCGCGGGUUCUAGUGCUAUUGCAAGCUACUACAGCUUACAGGGUUUAUACGAUGGUGUCCAGAUUUUCGCGCUUGUUCUCAGCUCUGUUGUUCCACGGUCAUCAUUCUCUGCCACUGACCGGUGGCGAGAACUCUUUUUAUCGACAAUCCCUAACAUAUUGGCACUAAAUAUACCUACCAAGCUGACACAAUCUCUCAUCUUCCUUGCAAUCUUCAUGGUUAUCUGUGGAUUUUUGUUGUACCGAUUCUAUCAGGUUACGAACGAAUACCGCCCGUCCGCAUUUCGCGAAGGGCUGCAAGCGCGACAACCACCAGCGACAUGGGGAAUUAUCGCCGUCAGCUUCGUUCUCACGGUCUUGUAUCUACCACUAUCGACAAUAGCAAUGCACGGCAUUCUAUGGAGCUCCGACUUUUGGGUCGUACCCAAUCCGUAUCAAAAUGGAACAAAGGCAGCAGUCCAGUUGUUGGGUCCUCCAGAGGUAUGGCGGGACCCGAUGGACUUUUGCUACACCACUACCAUGCGCAAAGAUGAGGUCAACUACGCACCAGUCAUUGUCGCAAUGUCUGUGGCCACCUUUAUCCUGAUGACACUCUGGUUCCCUAUACGGCUAAUGCAAACCAUUCGUCAGGCACUCCCUCGAGUGGAUCCAUACACUGAGCUGGGCAGGAAGCGAUCACGACCAGAGAUGGAGUUGGAGUAUCAACGUCUCUUGGAGCGUGACCAGAAUCCCUUUGCGUUUCUCUACAGAGACUUUCGUCGCUCGUGGGGAGAAUACAAAUCUGUCUACUUAUGGGCCAAAUUAUCAGCGCUGCUCAUCGUCGCCGUCCUCUCACCAGACAACUGCGCCUUUCGCUCCUUCAAACGCGACACUAUUGAUAUUGUGCGGCAAUCGGUACUGACGCUAUCAAUGUUGAUCUGGUUUCUCCUUCAAUGUUUCCUCGUACCCUUUUUGGAUCCAGUAAGCAACGCAAGCGAAUGGACUUCCCGAUUGAACUACCUCCUUACGUCUGGAUUGGGCCUCUUCGUGGCAUUGGAUGCGCCCGCCAAGGCCGCACUGAAUGGUGUGGUGCUAUACAUAAUUUAUGCGGUCACCUAUGGACUCGACUUUUAUUUCGCCAUUAUUGGGACAGGUUUCAUGCGUCGGAUAAUGAAGAAAAUCACUCGACGAGUGGAUUUCAGUAUCGAUAUAUUUUCUCCAAAACUCGAUUUGACCAUCAACUCGCCUCAUUUGCGCCGUCGCAUAUGGCAAGAGAGUAUCGGAACAAUCAUCCUCACUGAUGAGGGCUGUCGGAUCCCGCUACACCAUCAAAUGCAAUUCUCAGAAGCGAUCAACUUUGAGUGGCCGCCAUACUUACUAAACUUUGCGGGUUCUCCUGGUGAACGACACGUUGAGAAUCUCAAGAUCCUCCGCGAGGAAGGUCUCAAGAAAUACGCAAGAGCGGUGGCGAUGAUCUCCGGGCCAGACGCAAAGCUAUUCGAACUCCUCAGGGAUCGUAUCGAGCGACACUUCAUCGGUCCAGACUGCUAUUGGAGACCAGAUAAUGAUGACACUCAAAGUGAACAGCAUGGAUUCUUCGGCAAUGCUUGGUGGAUUCCUUUUCCACCGACGUUGGUUAUUCGGUAUGAUCAAGGAGGGCAAGCCGUUCUUGAGAGCCUACAUGAGCUUGAGCACUAUGUUUUUCAGAACGAGGAUCCGUCUGUUCGCUUCCGACGUGAUCUUCGCAUGGCCCUUCGGUGCCUCGACGCACAAAUCGUUAUCUGGCCAUAUAAACACAUUGAACCCGUAGGUUCGAGAACAUGGUUUUCAGGACGACGAUAUACAAUGCAGAAAACAACACACUUUCAUUCCUGCGUUUUCAGCAUCAGGCGUCGCGGAAUCCAGUAUUGGAAAGAUCUGCCAAUAGGAAGUGGAUUUGACGUCGAGUUGAGAUAUAAUAAGGACGUUCAUCUGGACGGCGACGCUAUCGGCUUGGCCGACGAGUUCCAUUUGACUCCGACUCUCGCCCACUUUCUUCAUCUCAAUCGACAUCUCAUUCAGCUACACCAAGAUGGCCUUGAACGAAAGCUCAAAGCAUACCGGAAGGAAUGCCGCAAAGUCGCGAAGGCAAAGCAGCGUGUACUCACAUACGGCUUUCUCACUCAAGUUUAUAAUUGGCCACUCCAGCCUAAACAGGUUGUGGAUGUUGUUGAAAAAGAGCAAGCGGAUCUGCGCGUUCGCGAGAUGUUUGCAGCAAACGUUCGAUCGUUGGAAGCUGCCGGUGAGCGGAUGAAGUACGCGGGGCGCUCAGAGAUUACCGUAUGGUGGUUCUUGUUUUGGGAUGACUUUUGGCGCCGUAAUCAUGACACGGUCGCUGCCCUCCAGAAAUUUCCUACCGAUUUCAAUCCACACUUUUCGGUCAUGGAGGCGACAAGUCUUCUAUCACGGCUUUCUCAACAAACUCUACUUUCGAUUGAAUCAAAUCGCGUUCCACAAUACAGACAGAGAAUUUUGAUCCACGUCGGGGAUGGAGAAGAAGAGAUGGAUCUUAACGAUUUGGAUCUUACCACGCAUGUUCGCUCAAGCUCUAUGGGAACUGGUGGAGGGACGGAUCUCGACGACGCCUCGAUUAGAAUCCGAAACGCUUUCAAGUGGGAGGACGUCUUUGACGAUACAGUCCACAAAGGACACAGACCAUUGUCUCAGUAUCUUCACUGGAAGAGCUGGAAGAAUAUGCUCGCCGUCUGGUUCGGCGUCACGCCACUGAGCCAUCGUAGGCUGCGGACUAACGGUAUUGCCUUGGAUGUCGAAGUGGAUUCAUCUGGACGAUACAUAGUCAUCGAAAGAAGACUAUGA